CUUCAGCAAGGAGAAAGACUGAAAUUAAAGCAGGAAAAGGUGAAUCUUUCACUUGAGACUUUUCCUGAGGUUGAAAAGAACAUUAUGAAAGGCAAAACUCUGGCAGAAAGCAACCAGAAACCAGACUGAGAAGAAGCAGAAAAACAACGGAGACCGUACACCACAACAUCAGGUCUUGGAGUGCCAUCACAGACUGACGACCCAGUACAACAGCCCAGGCUGAUGAUCUGACCAGAAGGACUUCCAUACCUUCAGUGCACAGGGGUGAGGAUGAUCAGCCUGUCGUACUCACACAUCUCUCUGGCUGACAUCGCUCAGAAGCUGCAGCUGGACAGUCCUGAAGACGCAGAGUUCAUUGUGGCCAAGGCCUUCCGUGACGGUGUGAUCGAGGCCAGUAUAAACCACGAGAGAGGUUACAUCCAGUCCAAAGAGACCAUGGACAUCUACAGCACACGAGAGCCUCAGCUGGCCUUCCACCAGCGCAUCUCGUUCUGUCUGGACAUACACAACAUGUCCGUCAAGGCCAUGAGAUUUCCACCCAAGGCCUACAACAAGGACCUGGAGUCUGCUGAGGAGAGAAGAGAGCGAGAGCAGCAGGAUCUGGAGUUUGCCAAAGAGAUUUGAGUUUUGCCUGUCUGUUCCUCCUUUAGCUUUGCUCUUAUUAUAAUCCAUCAACAUACUGUGUGAUAUAACAUAAAGAACAUCAGAAGUUCUCCAGUUUGUUGUACUAAUGCAUGCAUCAGUUUUAUACAUUCAUAGCAA